AUGGAUAUCAACACCCAUCAGCCCAACCUACCUCAGGGUUGGUACAUAUCAACGAACAAUCAGGAACAAUGGAGAACGGUUCAGGACCUGGAAGAUGCCAUCCGACAAAUGGAACUUGCAGGGUUGAAAGAUGAAGUGGAGCGUCGGGAAUGGCGGAGCACGAUGGUUGACUUGAGCUUUUUGCUCCUGUCCCGUUAUAAAUCCACGACCGAGCCCGGAGACCUUGAGCGGGCCAUUGAAGUUGCUGAUGCCGUUCUUGACUGCCCAUCAACGGCUGAGCCCGAUGAGGCCUGCUGGCUACACGGUCUAGCGCUCCAACUGAUCCGGCGGCUGGAAAAAGCCCCAGACCCGAGUACCGAGAGUAAAGCUAUCAGGUUCGCGGAACGGUGCGUGGCUGGCACCGACAGCAGUCACCCUCAUCUGCUCUCCCAUCGAAUGUUAUUGGUCGAAGUGCGAGACAGUCACUGUGACCAGACGACCGAUCCAGCUAUCCUUAACCAGGCGAUUGAUAAUGUGGAGGCUAUUCAGAGCAUCAUGCCCGCUGACCACGAGUCAAGUUACAGCAUCUUGUGCGAAUUGGGAAGACUGUACGAAAGUCGAUUCGAACAAAGCCAUGCUACGAAGGACAUUGACUCUGUCGUUGGACUCAGUAGGCUGCUGGCUGAGACGGCCCAUAUCGACGAUCCUCUUCGGCCUUGCAAGUUCCAUCACCUUUCGCAAGACCUGUAUCACUACUUUAAGCACUCAAAGAACCUUGCCAAGCUGGACCAGGCUAUCGAUGAAGGAAGCUUUGCCGUCAGUGUGACCCCGGAAGACCACCGUCACAGGGUUGAGCAUCUCGCUGCCCAAGGACAGCUCCUGGAUAGUCGGUUUCAAGAGACAAACCGGCUGGAGGACAUCAACGAGGCCAUCGACAUUGCCGAGCGCGUUUUGAAAGCCACACCAGAAGACGACCCAAAGCGAGGUCACCGACUCCAUCAACUUGGGGAGAGGCUAGGGGGCCGAUUCGACCGAACAGGACUGAUGCCCGAUCUCCAUCGUGCCAUCGAAGAGAUCAUGAACUCAAUAGCCAUCACACCGACGGAUGAUCCUGAUCGUUCAGGCCCCUUGAAUUGCCUUGCCAUCUGGUUCGGGAGACGAUUCGAGGCUCUAGGCGCCACGAAUGAUCUAGAGCAGGCCAUUAAGAAUGCGCAAGAGGCCGUGGAGAUAACGGCGCCGGGGCAUCCUCGCUACGGGAUGAAUUCCAACACCCUUGCGAACUUGCUGGGGUUGCGGUAUGCUCGAACACGCGACCUACAGGUGCUCGCCGACGCUAUCAAGGCUGCCGAAGCUGCGUUGGGUGAGUGUCCCGAAGACUCUGAUGAGCGUCCUUGCAGACUACACGGGCUGUCUGAGCUCUUGGAAACGCGAUACCAGCAUCAAAAGUCACCACAGGACCUGGAACGCGCCAUCGAAAAGGCUGCGAUCUCGGCAGCAUCAACACCAGAGGGCCACCCGCACCAGUCUAUCCACUUGGAUGGGUUAGCCAAACUUCUUGAGCGCCGAUUUCUGAAAGAUAGUGUGCGGGCCGAUUUGGACGAAGCGAUCAAUUCCUCUCGGCGGGCUGUCGAGGCAAUCCCCACGAACCACCUCCAUGCAGCAGAGCUAUUAGGAACCUUGGGAAUGCUCCUGAAGAGGAGGCACGAGUCAUUGCAGGACCCCAAUCCAAAUGACUUCGAUGAGUCUCUCUCGUGUUUCCGACGAAGCUGGGACUGCUCCAAUGCCUCGCCGUCCGUUCGAAUUCAAGCGGCUAAGAAUGCAGCCGAGCUCUUGGCCUCACAGUUGAACUGGACGGAAUCAAGUUCCCUACUACAAAGCGCUGUAGAACUUAUCCCGCUGGUCAGUCCACGGUCAUUGGAUCAUGUCGACAAGCAGUAUGCCCUGGGCGAGCUUUCCGGCCUUGCUUCUCGCGCCGCAGCUGCCGUGCUCAAUCACAGGAGCUGUGCCUCCGACGCAUUGAAGCUCCUCGAGCUUGGCCGCAAUGUCAUUGCUGGCCAUUUACUCGACAUGCGCAACAACGACAUUUUCGCCUUGGGAGAGCUGGACGAAGAAUUGGCAAAGAGAUUUGUCUCCCUUCGCGACGAACUGGAUGCCGUCGUGAAGGUGGGUCCGGAUGAGAAGCCCUUCGCCUGGGAAGCACGUAACAGACGGCGUCAGCAAGCGGACCAGGAGUUCCGGGAGGUCAUUGAGGAGAUCCGUACUCGUCCAGGGUUUGAAAGUUUCUUGCAGCCCCCAACGGCCGAGGACAUCCGGGCUGCGGCAUCGCAGGGCCCUAUUGUGGUUGUGAAUGCCAGUCCCUACCGCUGUGACGCCUUUAUCAUCGAGACUGAGCAGAUUCGGUCCCUGAAACUAGAUGGAGUGACCGUCGAUGAUAUCAAGACCAAUGUCGAGAGCCUCAGGACUACUAGACUCCCAUCCGUCCUAGAAUGGUCCUGGGCCGCCAUCGCCCGUCCGAUCCUGACAGCGCUGAGCUUCGACCAGCCGGUAUUGGAUGAUCAGUGGUCUCGAUUAUGGUGGGUGCUCACGGGUCCCCUCGGCCAUCUCCCAAUGCAUGCGGCGGGGCGUCAUGAUCAAGGCAACAGAGAGACGGUGCUCGAUAGAGUCAUCUCCUCCUAUGCGUCGUCCGUCAAGUCCAUCCUUUACGAUCGGAAACGCGGAUUCCGACACGCCGCGGGGAACACGCAGGGAAAUGCUGUGCUCAUUUCCAUGUCUAAAACCCCAGGCCAUUCUGAGCUGCAAUUUACUGCACCCGAGAUUGCAGAAGUGAUGCGUAUCUGUCCGUCACUCAACCUGAACGCAGUGACACCAGUGCUUUGCAAGGACGAUGUGCUGGGACACCUCAAAUUGUGCGAGACCUUCCACUUCGCAGGACAUGGAAUGUCAGACCCCUCCGAGCCUUCGAAAAGCAGCCUGUACCUCGACGACUGGCAGAGCAAUCCGCUGACGGUCGGCGACCUACGCGAGCUGAAGCUGCGAGAGACUGCCCCCUGGCUCGGGUACCUUUCCGCCUGCUCCACGGGCGAGAUCCGGGCAGAGAAGCUGAUUGACGAGACUAUCCACUUGGUAAGCGCCUACCAGCUUGCCGGCUUCCGCCAUGUCGUCGGCACGCUGUGGGAAGUCUCGGAUAGGUACUGUGUGGACAUGGCAAGGGCAUUCUACGAAGGUCUCCGCGGCCGCGACAAGACAGACUUUGCGGUUGCCAGGGCACUCCACACAGCCGUGCGGGCGAUACGUGAUCGGUCUGUGGCAGGCGGGCUACCGACGCCCAGAGAUGCAUCAACUCAUGAUGCUAUGAAAGCGAAGCUAGCAAGCCCCUAUGGAGGCCGCGAGACUCUGGGCAUGGAACCGAUCGUGGAUGGCAUGGUCAACGCUCUCCUCCAGAAUCUUCGAGACAAGACGUCUCGAGGCGCCGGCCUGUCGACUAUCAUCAACUUUGCCACCAUAACGCCCUGGCUUCGGAGGAUCACCCUGUCCAGGUGGUUCCUCAAGACGCUUGGUCCGAAGGCGACCGACGGGGAGGGCUUCGGCGUUGUCAUGGGGCGAGUGCACACCUCCUGCGAGCGCUACCAAGACACUCUAUGCCGACACACGAAGAUGACAGAGCGGCCCAGCAAGCUGUGA